GUCGCGGGCUGAGGCGGAGGGACGGGGCCAAGAUGGCGGCGCCCGUCCUGCUGCGGGUGUCGGUGCCGCGCUGGGAGCGGGUGGCGCGGUCCGCCGUGUGCGCCGCCGGCAUCCUGCUGUCCCUGUACGCCUGCCACCUGGAGCGCGAGAAGGGCCGCGACAGCCACUACCAGGCCCUGUGCGACCUCAGCGAGCGGGUGCGCUGCUUCGCCGCCAUCACCUCCAGAUGGGGUCGAGGAUUCGGUCUCCUGGGCUCCAUCUUUGGAAAGGACAGUGCAAUAAAUCAGUCAAACAGUGUUUUUGGCCUGGUGUUUUAUAUACUACAAAUGCUACUUGGUAUGACAGCAAGUGCAGUAGCAGCUCUAAUCCUCAUGACAUCCUCCAUAGUGUCUGUAGUAGGGUCCCUGUACUUGGCAUACAUUCUGUACUUCGUGCUGAAGGAAUUUUGCAUUGUCUGCGUGCUCACAUAUUUGCUGAACUUCAUUCUCUUUAUCAUCAACUACAAACGACUAGUUUAUUUGAACGAGGCCUGGAAGAGGCAACUCCAACCCAAACAGGAAUAACCCCUGCUGGAACUUUUGACUGACAGUCUGAAGACCCAACUUCCAUUAAGUUUAUUUUGCAGUAAUUUUUUUAUUCUCCAUAUCAGACACUUUUUGCCCCCCCUUUCCCCCACGAGAAUCAUAAUGGAAAUUUUGAAUGAUAAAUUUCAAGGGGCCCCCAGAUAAUUUCUCUGUGCUAAUCUUCAGUUUCAAUGCGGUUAUGAAAGAAAGCUCUAUAACAAUCAAAGACAAGCUUUAACUUUACUUUGAAGGAGUUUUAGCCACAGCAAAACCUAGACUCUGUCUCUUCCCCCUCCACUUGUGAAGUGGGUAACACUUGCUAUAAAAUAUCCUGUAUAUAAAUUCAGGUAUAACAAGAUGUGAUCAUGACAUGAAAUAUUCUAGACUAGCAUCACCAUAUUUAAUGUUGCCAUGUUUACAGUAAGUGUAUUUUUUUCUUUUUUCCUUUUCUUUUUUUUUCUUUUUUUUUUUAGCUGAUGGACUUAGAUUUGACUAGGACUUAUACUGUAAAUAAAAUUAGAACUCUUGGUUUCAUCCCUGGAGAACUCACUGUCCCAUGGGUUUGGUUAGGAGCUGUCAGAGGGUUCAGCUCAGAGUCGACUGACACGAUGGAAGAAGUGACCUCUAAAGAACAUGGAGUUGCUGCUCUCACUGUUGUGCUUUCACAAGAAUGAUGCUUGGGGUUGGUUCCAUUUUUUCUUCUUUUUUUUUUCCUUUUUUUUUUUUUUUUUUUGUCUCCAGUAACAAAAAUGGAAUUAAAGCUGAAACCUGAAGUAUGUUGAUUAAACGACAACCUCAUUAAUUUCUGUACAGAACAAAAAUAGCUUCAUGUGGUCAAUGAAAAGCUGAUUUGCAGAUUGGGGGUUGGAUGAAGUGUUCUUUGAAAGGACUCCAUUUCCAAGCAGAGCUGUUCCAUUUGAAGCUGUGCUCAGCCAGCCAGUGUUACUAAUGUUUGAUGUUCUGUGAAUGCUGCAGUAUAGAAUUGCAAUUUGCAGUGGAAACCACUGAGUGAGCAGGAUAACCAAGCAGUGCACUGAAAAAGCAGUUCCUUAAUGGAUCUUGGUCAGGAUCUUUGGUUUGUGCUAUAUUGGGAAAUGAACUUUAGGCCUGACACUCACACACAGAGAAGAUCUCUUGGAAGGGCAACCUGUUUAAUGGGAUAAGUAAGUCAAUGUGCUCCUGAAAAUGAAAUGUGAUAUAGUGCUAUCAUUGCUCUUUCUAACAACUAAUUGGGGAAAAAAAAAAUUAAACUGCAGAUUUAAACAAAGGAACAAAAUUGUACACAUUGUUUCUGCACUCAGUAUUCUAAGGCUGAAUGUUAAAAGUGCCUUCUGUCUUCAAAUCUUAAACCAAAUACUUUGUGUUGAACUUGGCAGGCAGAAGUGUCCUUGCUUUAAAAAUGAACAAACAAAAUUCCCAGCAAGUUUGCUGGGGAUAGAAGAGUAUUAAGAGAUCUGGUUUUAGUUUUUAGACUGAGAAGUGGUAGCAGUAUUGUUUUCAGUUUAUUUUCAAAGGUUGAUGUGAUUUGGAAUAGUGAAAUAUUUGUGUUUCAGACUGUGUGACACCAAAAUGUGUGGGUUCAGCUGCUGUCUGUAAUUGGUGCUGUGCUGCUUUUUGCCCUUGUCAGUUCGAAAUGUGAACAAUUCCAACUGCAUCCCCAUUUAUUUAAAGAACUAAUUUAACUCCUUUUAGCAUUUCCAUUCUCAAACAUGAAUGUCAGAGAGACACUUCCAUUGUAAGUGGAUUUUAAACACUAAAGAUAAACUUGACUGUGAAAUGAGCAAUGUUUCCAUAGAGCAAAACAAGGUUGGGGAUCAAAUUCACAAAAUUAAUAUUUAAAUUACCACUGAAGUAAUUCUGGUUUGUACCAAGGGUAGAGGUGGAAACUGCUUUUCUGUACAGAGUUGUGUGGUGUGAGUAACAUCUGUUGCAUGUAACACUAAAUGACUUGUCCCUCGUCUGACAGUUUUAGCCAACAAUCCAUUAAAUGAGUUUUGUAUUGACCAGAGUAUAGUUAAAGCUUGUCUUGAUGUUUAGUUCUGUCUCUCAAAUGCCUUCCACUUUGAUAUUAAGGGGAAUGAAUGGUGUUGAAUUGGUCCCUCGAGGCUUGGCUUUGUUCUCUCCCAAGCCCUGAGGCAGUAGCAGUGUUUAAUGUGUUGUAUAGAUUUUAUUUCAGUGCAUUCCUGUGAUCUACACUAAAGGCAUCUUUUUCUCAUCCAAGGAAGAGGUGAACAUGUGCUGCCUGAAAGUUGCUCCUAUCUCAGAGCAAGCAGCCAUGGAGACAAGUCUAAUCCAUGAGUACUUGGUCCAGUGUCUGGGAAAAAAAAAAGAGGGAAAAAAGCCCCAUCAGCUGAAAGUAUUGGUGUUGACUUAACUUCACUGUGUCUUGUGCUUGUUUGUGUGGGCAUAGUCUGUUGAUUCAGUUUGUUUAGUACAAAUGUUUAGGGCCAGAUUUUCAGCAGUCCUUGUUAGUGUGCACAUAGGGAGCAAAUGGAGCUGGAGUUUGGGCUCUGGGAGAAUUUGCAGCCACACUUUGUGCACAGCUUUGCAAAUCUGAUCCUUAAUUGUGAACUCUCUUGUCUUGUGUGCUUCCCUUGCAGUUCCUUUUUACUGGAAGUGAUUUGCUAGAAAUGGCCCUGAUUUCUUCUCUUUCUCUCUCGUGCUUCAGAAAUGCAGUUGGCCUGAAUAAAGGGCAGAAUUAUCUUAGCAGGAGAAAUUUGGACCUUUCUGCUUCCAGUUCUUUUGACUCUUUCCUUGCUGCUCCCAAUGACAGAAACAGCAUUUUCCUUCCAGUAAAAUGGGUUGUGAUUGAAAUCAGGAGUGCAGCUGUGCCCCCCCUGCCUGCCCCUGCCAAAAUGUGGUGGCAAAUGUGUGCUUGAUGCUGGUUUUAUCCUUCCAAAUCCAAAGGCAAGUCCUAAAAUUUCUCAAGGAUGCAGGAAUCUGGGUAAAUGAUAUUUGGGCUGGCAAGGGACAGGGGGUGUUACAGAGAUCCUUGUUGUGGUUUCAGCACUCAGGAGAAUGGAAGGGAUAAAAUUCACAGUAUCCAAACAGAGGUUCUGAAUUUGGGCUCUUCUUGCCCCUCUUUGGCUCUCUCAGAAUCCCAAAAUUCCUUUAGGAUCGUGGAAUAUCCUGAGUUGGAAAUUUGACAGUGAGGGGUGGAUUGGAAAGGCAACAAAACCUCAUCCCAAACCCUGCUUAGGAAUUAACCAUUCCUGAAAUCCUCUUACUGUAAGGUACUUGCUACUCUUUAAGGCCAAGGAGGAAAUGAAUAUUCUUGGAAGUUUCUUCCAGUGAAACAUUUGUGACACUGAGCCCAAUGAAACAUUCCUGAGCACCUUUGAGAUCUGAAGUGACAGCAGAUCUCUGCUGAGGAGGUUUCUGAAUGCUGGGUUGGCAUUUUUGUGCUGCUGUAGUCUCAGCUGUUCCAGGAGGUUGGUGAGGUGCUUCAGGCAGUUCUGCUCCUAAUUUAGGUGGGCUGAGAUCAGAGCUUGGCUUUGGUUCUGCCAAUGUUGUUUAAACUGGUCCAGAAAAGAUAUGAAUUAUUCUGUUACCACAAAACUGUGUUAAGCAUGGCCUAAAUAUUAGGUGUUUGUUCUGCAGAGUAUGUUCCAUCAACUAUUUAUUCCCAGUGCUUUCAAAUCCAACACCCAUUUAAAAUGGAGUCAUUGGGCUCCUUUUUGAGUUCCUUUUCUCAGUAUAGGCUGAGGGAUUCUCUACUGGAGGUUUAGGAUACAAUUUUGCUAACAGGUAAAAAACCAUGUAAAUAUGUACGAAUUCUAUUUGUUGCACAUAACUUUUUUGGUAUAAAAAAAAAAAAGAAAAAACCAAACAAAAAUAAAUGUAGAAAUUACCUGUGGAUGUCUUGCUGCAAUCAUUCUUAUGCUGCAUUCAUGCAGUCCAAACAUAAGAGCUUGAAUGAACCCAACCAGAGGCCUUUUUGGACUCAGUCUGAGCCUUAGAAACUGUUUUUAAUGUCAGUACUGUAAUUCUGUUUCUAGAAAUUGUACCAAGUCGUGUGGUUUUUUCCCAAGACCUUGUGUGUGUUUAGCAGUAGAAGGGUUAAAGCACUUGAUUCUCCCCAGAUCCCAGUUUUCCCAGUAGAAUUCCUGCAGCUUUGUGUCUGGCUGAGCAUUGUGUGUAAAGGCUGAGCAGCGUUGACUUGAGGCUUUCAAUGUUUACAGUUCUUUAAGCAAAAAAAAGAAACAAACAAACAAAAAAACCCAAACCCAACCUUGUGGUUUUGAUCACUUUCUGCUUUAUUGGGGCUGCUCAAAGCUGGUCCCACAGACCACAGAAUCCCUGGGGAAAGUGCUGGAGUGUCCCUGGAUUUGGGGAGGGAGCUGCUGGGCAGGGUUGGGUUUGUUGAGAACAAGCAGGAAUUAACCCUCAAAUGUGUGCUCAGAUUUUGGGGGGCUGAGCUGAGCCCUGCUUUGUAAGGAGUGACCAAUGUCAAAUCCUCAUCUGUGUUUUGGUCAGGUCUGUUGAAAUUGGGGAAGGAAAUGAGUUUUUAAAGGAUGAUGGAGAAGUUGAAAUACUCUCAGACUGCUAGUUGGCAGUACCAUGGUGUGUUGGAACACAUGUCUUUUUAUUGUGCAUAGUUUUACAUUCUGGGGGUUUAGUUCUAGAGAAAAUCUAGGCCUAGCACGGUGUGAGGAAUGCUGUAGUGUUGUUUCUUUUCCCUUAAAAACACAAGAAAAAUUGUUGUGGAGUCUGCAGUGAACAUCUGUGUCCUUACUGUGCUGGGGCAGGGUGGAAGGUGCUCUUGGUUCCUCGUGGACCACCUCUGAAGGGAACAGAAUUUGGCCAGCACACAAGAGAAGAGCAAAUAUUUCCUUUAUAUGGUCAGAUUUGGUCACUUCCCUGAGGCACUCAGGCAGAAGCAGCUGCAGAGCAGGAGCCAUGGCACCAGUUUCACCCAGACCUGUGAAUUCCAGGAGCCAAAUUCCAGAACUGGAACUUCCCAAAUGCAUUGGGCAGCCUCUGCUUGUGUUGUUCUGCUCCUUGUGAUGCUGCUUUUGGGGAGUUUGCAGACUGAAUAUUCAGAGUUCUGCUGUGAGUGCUGGUGUGAUCCAUGCCAGGCUAAAGCCUGGCCUAGGCUGGUGUGCAGGCCUAAAGGGACACCACUGCAGCAGCACAGGGAUUUACAGCUGGCCCUGCCCCAGAGGGCUUCAGGCCACUCUCAGAAAGGUUUGGAACAGAAUUUCCCUCUGGGCUGCUCUUCCUGUGGUGACAUUGAAUAUGAAGGAAGCCCUUCCACAUGGAAGUGGCACUGUUAGACACAGUUUGUGUCUGACAGUGGCAGUUUUGGUACUGUAAAAUAAAUAGAUUUAAAGUUGAGUUGAUGUAGUCCCUCCCUCUGUAACAUUCCACCUUGCUGCUGGAACAGGAAUUCCAAACUCUCUCUUGGAGUGUGUUGGGUGGCUCACACCCUUCCUGGCUGCUGGGAAUGCUCAGGAUUUCUCACACAUCCAUCCUGUCAGGCCAGAGCAGCUGCACACUGUGCUCCUCUGCAAUCCUGUGGACAGUUGGCUGUGAUCUCAAUAGUGUUAACUCUUAGGGGAGUUUAACUGGAAAACCUCUUUUGCUUUAGAGGGAUGUGAUGUUCAUUUAGAGUAACUUACUUACUUAGAUUUUGUUUUUAAGUUCAGCAUUGAGUUGUAUCAUGUAAUAUUUGUAAUUUUUUUUGCCAUAAACAGAUACCUCAGUCAGGAUUUCUUAACUUCAGCUCCUUGAAAGUGAAUAUUUGUUUUCUUGCCUGGAAAUAAGAAGCCUCCAGACAUGGCUGAGCAGAGGAAACAAAAGUUUCUGAUCUGCUUUGCAUCACAGUAACUACUUCAGGUGGACUAGAAAUAGCAUUGGACUUGCAAGACUUCAAUCAGGCAUAAAACUUAUUUAAAGAGAGAUUUAAUAACGAGUUCAGCAUAAUCCCCAGCCAGUAAACCCUUUGUUUUCAUUUUAGGAAGAGGGAAUGUGAUGUUAUUGCAGGAGGAAGACAGCUUGAUUCAUUUGCAAUCUUCCAGUAUCUGUCCCUAAGAACGAAGGCAGCGGCUUUGGGCUGGCGCUGGCGGGUGAAGAUUCCCUUCUUGUUCCCCAGAACUCGUGUGGUGCCUGCAGAGAAGUUAUAAAAUACAGACAUGUAUGAACCAGGCUCCUCCAGGCCCUGCUGUGAGCUGUUACAAUGUAGGUACUAAAUCAGGCCACGUGGAAGAGACCUCUGCACUUUCUUUGCACAGUCAGGUAGAGCAGGGAAGCUUGGCAGGAUCCAUGGCUGGACAGGGCAAUCCAGCUGCAGUUCCUUGUUUUACAGCUGCUGAGCUGGGGCACUAAACUGGGGUGUGCCCACUGCUCACGGUUCUAUCUACUGGAGAUUGGCUCCACCUUCAGACUGGAUGGAGGGAAUGGUGGUGACUAUUCACUGUCCUGUGUGGUGUCUGGAUCCUUUCUGCCUGUUGUAGUUUUUGUAGGAAAUUGGAGAAAAGAAUUGCAGCACAUAGAAAGCCUGGAACUGCAUCUGUGUCUGAGCUUGUCUGCGUUUUCUCAGUCCUUUUUGAUGCUGCUUUUCUGGGCACUGCCAUCACUGAGCUUUCUAAUGCCUGUCCUGGUGCUCUGCAGGGUGUUUUAGUGCUGUUCCUCCCUCUCCCUGGCUGCUCACCACCCCAGCCCACUGCAGGUGGCAUAAGCAGAACAGGUUCAUUAUUAGAUCUGAGUUGUGAUUGUUUCAUUUCUGUGGGACUGCACUGUAAAUUAAGGAAUUUCCCUUCCUUUGUGACUGCACUUAUCUACUAGUAAUGGAUGGAGUGUCAUGGUGAGCCAGCUGUGUGCCAGUGUGGCAUCUGCUCCUCUGCUGCUGAACCUCUACCAAGUAAAUUGUGAUUAUUUAAGGUGCUCUGUUCCCAGGGCAGCUGUAGGUGACACUGGAAGCAAGUGAGAUGUCCCUGACAGCUGCCUGAAGCUCUGAACUGAGGGUGGCCAAAAGCCAGGACUAAUUGGGUCCCUCACAAGUUUCCCCUGUGCAUUGUCCCAUGCUCCUGGGAGCAUCUGUGCAGGAGAAAGGGUGAAUUAAGCACAGGCAGAACCUUCCCUCUUGGCUUUGCUCAUGCUGGAUUUUGUGACAAAACCAGCUGUGCUCUGUCCUGGAGAACAGAGGGCCUGUUGUCCUACCCUUCAGCACAGUGAUGGUGUGGCAUCAACCACUAAACUCCCAGGGAGGAUGGAAAGGUUUAGAAUAUCAAUAAAAGCUCACCUUGAUUGGUCAUGAAAUCAGCAAAAUUCCAGAUGAGCUCCCCGAUCACGUACUCCUUCCUCUUCUUGUCCAGCACAGAGUGGUACUCCCUGAGCAGGGCCUGCUGGUACUCCUCAGUGAACAUCAUGGGGGGGUCCUGCAGCCAGGAGAGAGGCUCAGGGCACAAACAACCCCACUCCCACUGCCUGAGAGCUAUUCCUGACCAGCAGCUCUGGGGCUGCCUGCUCUGCUAGCUGUGCUGCAUUAACCUGGCUGUUGUGACCAUUAGCAAACACAGAACUCCAGGUAUUCCCAGGGGAAUUCCCCUGGUGGCCUUUGUCGUGACAGGGACAGGAGUGCCACCCCCCCUGCUUGGGACAGCACCAGGAAUAUCCAUUCUCCAGAGUCUGCUUUCAUUUAAGCAUUUUCUAGCACUUCCAAGGACAGAUUUUGGAGUCCUCCUUAGCAGACAAAGUGAGUGGCAAAGCUCUCAGGUUUUGGUGGAGCAGGACCCCAACCCUGGAGCCUUUUGGCCACUCCCAGCUAAAGCAUCUGCCAGUGGUGCCAGCCUCUCCCAGCUACCAUUGUCUGCCCCCUAAGAGCUGUUUCCCCCACAACACUCACACUGUGCAGCCCAGGCACUGAGUCUGCUCCAUAUUCACUCUGGAUAAUGGGUUUUUGGUAGGUUUUAUACCAGUUCUCAAACUGGGCUGUGAGUUGGAGUGGGAUCACUUCCAGGUGGCCUGGGUCGUGGUACCAGGAGAAGUAGCUGUUCACACAAAUCACAUCCACAUAGGGAGCCUGCAGAAAACAAGGUGAGAGUGUUUUGGCACAGACUUCAACCUUCUCUUGUAAAUCUAAAUCCUCCUUUGGGUUCAGUUAAUGGAAUCCAGGUGUAUUACACAUAGAAUUAAUUGUUUCCCCCAUCACUCAGGCUCUCCAAAUAUAAUCUCUUUCCCAGGAAAAAAAAAAAAAAAGGAUAAAUUUAAUAAGCUAACAGCAUUAAUUUGGCAUUUUUCUUACAGAUUAGGAAGUCACAGCAAAGAGUUAGACAAGAUGAACAUGUUUCAUUCUCAGGUUUGUUAGAAGUUUUUUUGUUUCCAAGAUGUCUCUGGCUUGCUGGUACAUUUAGAUGUACUUUUUCUUUUUGAGUAUUGGAAUGUGAUUAUCAAGUGAGUGGUCAAAUAUUUUGACUAGCAACUAAAUUUUGUGCAUCAAUGGUGCAAUACUAAGACUAAAGCAUUCUGCAAGUUAUUUGCCAUUUCUACCACAUGGACAGUGUGAUAAAAGGGCACAAAGCCCCCUCAAAAUAAAGUGAUGUUGUAUGUAACUUGUUCAAUGUUCUCUUAACAUGUUUUGUAAUAAAAGAAAAAAAAAGUUCUAAUAUCA